AUGACGGAAGCUAUUGAGGUGGCGGCGACUGCGGCAGUAGUGGCAGUAGCGGCAGUAGCGGCAGCAGCGGCAGUAGCACACAACAACAGCAACAACAGCAACAACAGCAACAUCAGCAGCGAUUUGGAGAUGAAGCCCAGACAGUCUCACUUGAAGAUGUCUCGGGGUGGCCCCCGCAAGGGCCCCGAAAAAGGGGACGGCGAAAAUAGCGUCCAGAACCAGGUAGAGGGCCGUGGUCGUGGCCAAGCGAGAGAGACAGCAACGGCUGGGACAGUCCGGGAGUCAGAACAGUCAGAGCUCAGGCCAUCCCGUUCCUGGUCCGAGGCCGAGGCCGAGUCUAAAUCCGAGUCCGAGUCGGGAUCUGGGACCGGGUCUGAGUCCGAAUCCGAGUCGGGAUCCGGGACCGGGUCUGAGUCCGAAUCCGAGUCUGAGUCGGAUUCCGUUUGGGACCGGGUCCGGGUCCGAGUCCGGGUCCGAGUCCGGGUCCGGGUCCGGGUCCGGGUCCGGGUCCGAGUCCGAGUCCGAGUCCAAGUCGGGGUCCUGGACCCAGUCCACCACCGGGUCCAAGUCCAAGUUGGGGUCCGGGACCAGGUCCGAGUCCGAGUCCGAGUCCGGGUCCGGGUCCGAGUCCGGGUCGGAGAGGACUACGACGAAGAAGAGGAGGAGGAGGAAGCCGAAUGGGAGGUUGGCGCGGAGGACAUCGUGGACAGAGCGGGGCUGCCGGGCCCCGGCAGCCCUGAAGCCAACCCGCGGGAGGACUGCUCCGGGGCGCGGCGCCUCCAGAACGCCUGGAGGGAUCAGCGGGAGGAGGAGCUGGUCCAGUAUUUCACGCAGAAAUACGCCCCCCCCUCAUCCCGGGAGGCCGGGCGCGGAGCCCCGCGGCAGCCGCCGGACCACAUCGCCCAGCAGAGGCUGCUCCCCGGAAUCAGGGACCCCAGGCUGUGGAUGGUCAAGUGUAAGGUAGGACAGGAAAAGGCCACGGCCCUGACGCUCCUGCGCAAGUUCGCGGCCUCCCGCUUCAGCGACAGCCCCCUGAAGAUCCGGUCCGUUGUGGCUCCCGAGCACCUCAAAGGCUAUGUCUACGUGGAGGCCCACAAGCUCUGCCACGUACUGGACGCCAUCCAGGACGUGGCCAGCCUGCGCCAGGGCUGCGGGUACCCGAAGCCGGUGCCCGUCGAGGAGAUGACGGACGUGCUGAAGGUGCGGCGCUGCCAGGCCCCCAGCCUGCGGCCCGGGAGCUGGGUGCGCGUCAGGGCGGGCCUCUACAAGGGCGACCUCGCUCAGGUGACCCGCUCCGAGCCCGGCAACGCCGCGGUCUUCCUCAAGAUGAUCCCUCGCAUCGACUACGACCGCGGGGCCCCGACACCGGGCUUCCCCAAGAGGAAGCGGCUCCCCAGGCCGCCCCAGAAGCUCUUGGACAUACAGAAGAUCCGAUCCCUAGGAGGAAAGCUGUCCAGGGACGGAGACUUCCUCCUCUUCCGGGGGGAGCGCUACAGCCCCGAGGGCUUCCUCUUCAAGACCUUUCCCCCGUCGGCCCUGGUCACCGAGGGCGUCAGCCCCGCGCUCUCCGAGCUGCAGCACUUCGAGGAGCGCCCCGAAGCCCUGCAGGAGCUCGAGCUGCGCAUGGACGACGACGGGGCAGCGGAGCGCAGCUUCGGGGCCGGAGACAAGGUGAGAGUGAGCGCGGGCGACCUCAUCAACCUGCGGGGCCGGGUGCUGGGCGUGCAAGGCCCCCACGUCACCGUGAUGCCCGAGCACGAGCUGCUCCGGGAGCCGCUGCAGCUGCCCGCCCGGGAGCUGCGCAAGUACUUCGAGGUGGGGGAGCACGUCCAGGUGCUGGCGGGCCGCUACCGGGGCACCACCGGCUUCGUCCUCAAAGUCGAGCCCAGCUUUGUCCUCCUCCUGUCCGACCUCGGCCGGGAGGAGCUCAAGGUGCUCCCCAGGGACCUGCGCCUGUGCCCGGACACGGCGGCCCCGGAGGAUGUGUGGGGCCGGCACCGCUGGGGAGAGAUGGUGCAGCUGAGCCCCAGCACUGUGGGCGUCAUCGUGGGCCUCGACGCCGACGCUCUGCAGGUCCUGGACAUGGAGGACCGGGUGGUCACGAUGCGCCGCCAAGCCGUCACCGCCAGGAAGGACAACCGGCUGGCCAUGGCCCUGGACGGCCAGCAGAACGGCGUCCGCGUCCGGGACUCGGUCAGGGUGGUGGAGGGCCCGCGCACGGGGCUCCAGGCCACGGUCCUGCACCUCUUCCGGGGCAUCGCCUUCCUGCGCUCCAGGACGCUCACGGAGCACGGGGGCCUGUUCGCCUGCAAGUGCCGCCACCUCCUGCUGGCCGGCGCCGCCCAGUCCGGCCGGGGCCGCGAUCUCUUGGCAGGGGGCCUGACUGCGGGCCCGAGCCCUCACCCCGCCAGUCCCCGACACCCCGGCCCGGCAGGGGCGGGGCGCGGGGCGUUUGAGAGUGCGGCCGCCGGGGGACGGGGCCGGGGUUCUCGAGGCCCAGGUGACCGCCACCCACACAAGGGCCUCCUGGGCCAGUCGGUGCGCAUCUGCCAGGGGCCCUACAAGGGCUACAUCGGGCGCGUGAAGGACGUGACUGAAGACUUGGCCCGCGUGGAGCUGCAUUCGACCUGUCAGACCAUUUCCGUGCACCCGCAGAGACUCGCCCCCGUGGGCGCCGCGCGCCCAGCAUUCCGUCCUGCAGACUCGGCCACUCCCUCCGGCUCCAGCUCCCAGACGCCCACCUACAGCUCCUUCACCCCUAUGUACUCGGGCGCCUAUACUCCAAUCCACGUGGGUGGAGCUUGGGACCCCAGCAGCAGCAACACCCCCUCCCGCCUAUAG